AUGUUCUACAUUCUGCCAAUAUUUAAUUGGAUAUCUUAUUUUCUCCUAGGAUCAAAUGAAACAAAGAUUGUCCUACUGGAAAAAAACGGCGUCGGGAAGAGCAGCCUUGGCAACGCCAUACUGGGAGACAGUCUGUUUGAAGAAAAAUUAUCUCCAACAUCUGUUACAAACAAGUGCAACGCAGGAUCUAAAUAUAUCAACGGAGAACAUGUCACAGUUAUUGACACUCCUGGCAUCUUUGACAACACAUUGAAGGAAGAGGAUCUGAAGGCUGAGAUGAUAAAGUGUAUCAAACACUGUGCCCCCGCGAUUCAUGCAUUUCUCAUUGUGCUGAGAGUGGUGGACCGAUACACAGACCAGGAGAAGGAAAUCAUUCAUAAGAUCAAGCAAUAUUUCUCAGAGGAAAGUCUGAAACAUGCUGUGGUUGUGUUUACACAUGGUGACCAGCUCCUAGAAGGGCAGACCAUUGAGGAAUUUGUUAAAAAGAGUAAAGAUCUGACAGAGCUGGUGGGGAUGUGUGGUGGCAAGUGCCACGUUGUUGAUAGCAAGUCCUGGAAAGACCAGCAGGAUGGAAACAGGAGCAACAGUCUUGAAGUGGAGAAGCUUCUCAAAACAAUUGAAACAAUGAAACACAAUAAGGGCGUCUACACUAACGAGUUACUUCAGUUAGUAGGGAAAGAGAAAGGAAAAUGGCCAGUGGGGCUGAUUUUAAAAAUCACAGCUGGAAUCACAGUUGGAGCAUUGCUGGGAAUGUUAGCUGGUGCCACGGUGUUAGUUACACCCUUUUGUUUUGUCACCGGGGCAGCCAUUGGAGCAGUGGCUGGAGGUGCAUUGGGGGGGACUAUAGCUUACAACACCAGAUCAAUAAAAGAAGUGAUCCGGAUCCUGACCUGA